UGAUGAAUGUCCCUGGGAACAUGGCGGCAAGCGUCCGCGGCCGUCCUAUCCGAAGUGUCCGAUUGCGAGAUAAACGAUGUCGCAAUGACAGUGGAGAGGAAAACGUACCGCUGGAUCUCACUAGAGUGCCCUCCGAUAUCAUGCGUGAAAUCCUUCAGAAUGUAGCCAAGCCACAUGGAGUCUCUAACAUGCGGAAACUAGGCCAUCUGAACAAUUUCAUUAAGCUUCUCUGCAGCACUGGUCACUGUGUGAAGACAUUGGGGUUUACAUAUGAAGAAAUAAUUAUCUGCCUGCGGCUGGCGCUCCUCAACGAGGCUAAAGAGGUGCGUGCGGCGGGCCUGCGGGCCCUGCGCUACCUCAUGAGAGACAGCAGCGUGCUGCAGAGGAUCCUCCGGCUGCAGGUGGACUACCUAAUCUCCCGGUGCAUCGAUAUCAAGCAGAGUAAUGAGGUGGAACGGACGCAAGCUCUGCGGCUGGUCAGGAAGAUGAUCACUGUGAAUGCGCUGCUUUUCCCAAACUCCGUCACCAACUCCCUGAUCGCCAUUGGUAAUGAUGGUUUGCAGGAGCGAGACCCAAUGGUGCGGGCCUGCAUCGCCAUCGUCUGUGAGCUGGCCUUGAAGAACCCCGCGGUGGUCGCCCAGAGGGGCGGGCUGUGCACCAUCCUGAAGAACGUCAUCGAUUGCCAGCUCAGCCGCAUCAACGAGGCGCUCAUCACCACUAUCCUGCACCUCCUCAACCACCCCCACACGCGCCAGUACGUACGGUCCGAUGUCGACCUGGAGCAAAUCCUAGCACCUUAUACAGACUUCCACUACAGGCACAAUCCAGACACGACCGAAGCCCAGCUCAAAGAGGACAAACAAGCUCGUUUUUUAGCCAGUAAAAUGGCCAUCGUGGCAGCCUUCCGCUCCUGGUCAGGAAUCAUUAACCUUUGUAAAUCUGGAAACUCUGGAAUACAGUCUCUAAUUGGUGUACUCUGUAUACCAAAUAUGGAAGUAAGAAAAGGGUUGUUGGAGGUGUUGUAUGAAAUUUUUCGACUUCCUGUCCCCAUCGUGACCGAAGAGUUUGAAGAAGCCCUCCACAGCAUUGACCCCAGCAGGUUUCAGGACAGUUGGAGACUCUCGGAUGGCUUUGUGGCGGCUGAGGCCAAGGUUGUUCUUCCUCAUCGGGCCCGGUCCAGGCCUGACCUCAUGGACAACUACCUAGCGUUGGUACUAUCUGCUUUCAUCACAAGUGGACUUCUGGAGGGUCUUGUGGAGGUCAUCACCAGCAGUGACGACCAGAUUGCUGUGCGAUCCACCAUCCUCCUUGGAGAACUUCUGCACAUGGCCAACACAAUCCUCCCUCACACGCACAGCCAUCACCUGCAUUGUUUACCGACCCUCAUCAACAUGGCUGCCUCCUCUGAAAUCACCCAGGAAAAAAGACUACGUGCCAGUGCAGCGGUGAACCACCUGAAGCGUUUCCAUGAGAAGAAGAGGCGAGGCCCCCGGCCCCACAGCCUGUACCUGGACCAGAUCAUCCGCAAGGCCGCGGCUUCACCUCACCGCAGGGAGCAGCCUGUGCGCACCCACAAGGACAUCUACGCCAUUAAGGACAGUGAAGAAGCACUUAUGAUGAACUUGAGGGAUAGUCAGAUCCUCAACCACAAGCAGAACCUGGAGUGGAGCUGGGUCCUGAUCUCCACUAUACUGAAGUGGCCAAGCACUAACCUCAAAAACAGCAAAGAUGAACAAAUGCACAGGUUUGUGCGGCGGCUGCUGUACUUCUACAAGCCCAGCAGCAAGCUGUACGCUGCCCUUGAGCUAGACCACAGCAAGGGCCGGCAGCUGACCGUGGUGGGCUGCCAGUUUGUCGAGUUUCUCAUGGACUCUGAGGAGGAAGGGCAGGCGUAUCUGGAGGACCUGGUGAAGGACGUGGUGCAAUGGCUCCCGUCCACCUCGGGGGCGAAGCCUGAACGCAGUCUCCAGAGCAACGGCCUGCUCAACACCCUCAGCCAGCACUACUUCCUGUUCCUGGGCACGCUGUCGUCCCAGCCGUACGGCGUCAAGGUCCUGGAGAAGUGCAGCGUCUUCCAGUGCCUGCUGAACAUGUGCUCCAUGAAGAACCAGGACGCCAUGCUGAAGCUCACCGUGGCGUCGCUGGACUACAGUCGGGAAGGCCUCCCACGGGUCAUUCUCUCAAAGGUUCUCACGGCAGCCACAGAUACCUGCCGCAUGUACGCCACCAAGCACCUUCGGGUGCUGCUGCGGGCCAACGUGGAGUUCUUCAGCAACUGGGGCAUGGAGCUUCUGGUGACCCAGCUGCACGACCACAACAAGGCCAUCUCCAUGGAGGCACUAGACAUACUGGACGAGGCCUGCGAGGACAAGGCUAAUCUGCACACACUUAUCCAAAUGAAGCCAGCACUUUCUCACCUUGGAGACAAAGGAAUCCUAUUACUGUUAAGAUUCCUGUCGAUACCCAAGGGAUUUUCCUACCUUAACGAGAGGGGUUAUGUUUCCAAACAGUUGGAGAGAUGGCAGAGAGAAUAUAACCUUAAGUAUGUGGACCUGAUCGAAGAGCAACUGAACGAAGCACUCACGACGUACCGCAAGCCUGUAGAUGGGGAUAACUAUGUGCGACGUAGCAACCAAAGGUUACAAAGACCAAAUGUAUAUAUUCCUGUGCACCUGUAUGGCCAGCUUGUGCAUGAUAAGACUGGCUGCCACCUUAUCGAAGCUCAGAAUGUUGUUCCUGACCUGAGUUACACUGUGCGCUCUCCAGUGCUGGACAAGUGGGAGGGCCUCAAACAGCUCAAGGCAGCGCUGUGGGCUUUGGGUAAUAUUGGUUCCUCAAAUUGGGGUCUGAAUCUUCUCCAAGAGGAGGGUGUGAUUCCAGACAUUGUAGCUCUGGCGCAGCACUGUGAGGUCUUAUCCAUCCGAGGGACGUGUCUGUACGUGCUGGGGCUGAUCAGUAAGACGAAGCAGGGCUGUGACGUGCUGAAACAGCAGGGCUGGGACGCGGUGCGGCACAGCCGCCGGCAGGCCUGGCCAAUAGCCCCGGACGAGGUGGAGCAGCCGCUGGCCACCGAGCUGUCGUCGGUCCCCAGCACGCUCAGCCUCAACUCCGAGUCCACCAGCUCCCGGCACAACAGCGAGAGCGAGUCACAGCCCAGUCUUUUCUACCUGGAGGAUGACCGGUGCGAAGGCCUGACGUUCGCCGAGGAGCACUGCCAGCACGUGCGCUCUAAGCCCAAAGACCGCAGCCGCUUCACCCUGCUGGGCUCCAGCCGCCUCAUGCCCCGCGGCUUCCUCACCUCGCUCUCGCUGGCCGGCAAGAAGCCGCGCAGCACCAGCGACCCCAAGAGCCUCAGCGGCCGACACCACGAGGAGCAGAUGCCCGGUGGCGGUGGCGGCCGGCGAGUCCGCACCGUCACCGAGCCUUCCUCGCUCUCCUACAGCCCCUCGUCCGAAGUGUUCUUCAACGGGGUCAGCCACCCGCCGCGCAGCCCCACCGUCAGCCUGGAGACGUCGUUCCUGGGCAACCGCGUGGUGGGGACGGCAGUGGCCCAGUCUGGAGGCGGUGGGGGGGGUGGUGGUGUUGGAGGGAGCAGCUCCAGCGUCUGUGAGAUCGAGGUGUCUCUGCCCAAGAGCACCGGGGCCGGGCCUGGUCCGGGGGCCGAGGCGGCAGGGGGGGGCAGCGGCGAGAGGGACCCGAGCACUGUCCAGCAGCGGGAGCGCCUGGCCUCAAGCGACGGCCCGUCCUGCCUGACCUCGGGCGGCCCCACCUUCAAGAGCCGCAGCCAGAGCUUCAACACGGACACCACCACCAGCGGCAUCAGCUCCAUGAGCUCCAGCCCUUCCCGCGAGACGGCUGGGGGCACCGCCGUCACCCCCGGGGCCACGGGCUCCUCCGUCACGGACUCCACCGCCUCCUCCUCCGCCUCCACCACAGUGGAGGCCACCAACGACACCGACUGCGCCAGCCUGGACACGGUGGCCGGCGGCAAGCCGGUCAAGACGGUGGGCUCGCUCACCCCCCCGCCUCAAUCCAACCACAUGCCGCUGUCCAAGGCCAGCUCGGUGUCACUGGUGCCGCCGGGCUCGGCCCACACGCUUCCCCGCCGGGCACAGUCGCUCAAGUCGCCCUCGGUGGCGGCCGUCAGGGGCCUGAUGGACUAUAGCUACAUCUACACGAGCCCGCGCGACGCGCUGGGCUACGCCACGCUCAAGCGGCUGCAGCAGCAGCGCAUCCACCCCUCACUUUCCCACAGCGAGGCGCUCGCCUCGCCCGCUAAAGACGUGCUCUUCACCGACGCCAUCACCAUGAAGACGGGCAGCCUGGACUCCAGACUCACCUCACGCAGGUUCCUCAAGGCUCUGAGCUUCGCCUCCCUGGACAAGGAGGACCUCCUGAGCCCCAUCAACCACGCCACGCUGCAGCGCUCCUCCUCCGUGCGCUCCAUGGUGUCCAGCGCCACCUACGGCUGCUCCGACGACUACGUAGGCCUGGCGCUGCCCGUGGACAUCAACGACAUUUUCCAGAUUAAAGAGACCUCAUACUUCCAGAAACGAACAAGUCCAACAGCUGGGGAGAAAGUGGCUAAAUUCUUUGGGGAGUCAGAUGGCUUCGUCUCUGGCCCUGCCCUGAAGACGCAGUUCAGCAUCACCGAGCUGCUGGCCAGACAGGACAGCACAGGCCAGCAGGGGGAGCCAGAGACCGGGGGAGGCCCUGAGGAGACAGGCCUGCAGGAGCACAGCGAGGACAACUGCCUCUACUGCGUGGGCCUGGUGGUGCUGGGCUGCAACGCCGGCAGCAACCACCUCAACUCCACACACAACCGCAACGAAGGCAGUGACAACCAGUACCCUCCAUGGGUUGGGUCAACCAGCCACAACCACCUGGAGGUGGUGCCCCAGUCCAAGUACUCGGGCGUGUCAGGCUGCAGUGACGCGGUGUCCAGCGGCUCGGUCAACAGUAGCACCCCCAGCACAGUCCUCGUCCUGGGUUGCAAGACCAUGUCUGAGGACAGCCCGGCAUCCAGAGUGCUCCUCAGGAAGGAGGUGCUGCGGUUGGUGGUCAACCUCAGCUCUUCCGUUGGCACCAAGGGCCAUGAAACAGGCCUCCUCACGAUAAAAGAGAAGUUCCCCCACGCAUUUGAUGACAUCUGCCUGUACUCGGAGGUGUCCUACCUGCUGGCCCACUGCAUGUUCCGACUGCCCUCCCGCCGCUUCAUCCAGGAGCUUUUCCAGGACGUGCAGUUCAGCCCCAUGUAUGAUGAAGCUGACACCAUCUUGUCGAUGCCACCAAAGAAGGAGGAAGGAGAGUUUGCUGCUGUGUCCUGAUCCUCCCGUAGAAGCGUAGCAACACCCCAACCUCCCUCCACACACACACACACACACACACACACACACACACACACACACAAGCCCCUCAUGCUCGAGAGAUACCUCUCACACACACACUUCUCAUCCUCCUCCACACAUCCCCACUCACACGCAGAGAAACAAAGGAAGCCAGAAAGAGUGCAUAGAGAGAGAAGCUGGAGGACAGGAGCGAGUUGAUGGGAAGAGGACAGACGAGUGUGCUGGUGGAGGAAGAAGGGAUAUGGAGGAGUGAGAUGGAAAGAUGGAGAGAAUUACGUAUCUCACUCUGUGUGCGGCAUGGAGGAGGAGUGGAGGAGGGCAUGGAUCAUGGCUGCAGUCAGAAACACAGGAAAACCCAAACCAUAACAGCAAAUCAGACAAAACUUAGUGUUCUUUUCGGUUGCUGUCAAAACAAAAAUAGACGUUUACCAAAUAUUAUGGCUGGAGCCAGUUGAGCAACGAACACAAAUUCAAAUGACUAACUGUAAACCUGAACAAACCAAUUCAGCAUUACUGCGACAGUAAAGAACAGGUUUUUUUUUGUAAAUUCUACCUGCAAUGAAGGACAACAUUCUCAAAAGGAUCCGAAUAUCGACACGGUUGCUAAAGAACUUCAAGCCUGUCAGUAUUCUCUUAACACUACAGAAAACUAGAGGUGUCCUCAACUGGAACAAGCAUUACAGGACAGGGUCCCCCUCAGUUUCAUGACAAACAAUCAUAUGACGACUUGAUGGAUUUUAUCUUUCAAAACCUUCAGUCAAAGGACUGAAAUCACACAACAGCAGCUGUUGUUUUAUCUUAUUUAUUGUGUAUUUUUUUCAUAGUUUAUGGUGCAUUUUUUUAAUUAUUACAACCUUCAAAACAUCGAGCAUCCAUCAUGUUUUGCCACUGUUCCUCAAUGGGACACUCGGUCUUUAGCCAUGUCAUUUCUCUUUCUAAUUCCUUCUUUUUUUCUGGAGAGAGCUGUUUAUUAUUAUUAUUAUUAUUAUUAUUAUUAUUAUUAUUAUUAUUAUUAUUUCAGUUUCAGCUGUAGGCGUUGGUACUUUCUUCAGUUUGGAGCUUCCAUGAAGGCAAGUUUUUUUUGUCAUCAUGCACAACCCAGCUGCAUUUCACCCACUAAAUGUUCAACCAGUCAAAGGAAGACGCAUGUCCCUGGCUAUGCGCUGUGUGCUGUUAGACCUGUUAGAGCAAACAGACCCUGUCCCUGCAGCUUGUUUGAGCCCAAGAGGUGAGAAUCUCACAGGUAUUUUGCACAUGGGCAUAUGAACUAGCAAUAUGACAUUGAGACAAAAGAAAAAGCUGAAAGGAUUUUUUUUUUUUUGUCCCUUGCUUUUUCUUGCUUCUGUAUGCCAACAACAGGAAUAAAUCGAAGAGUUGAGGAGAGAUAGAUCCUGUAAGAAGUUUUUUUUUUAUUCUUUUUUUUCCUUGCGAAGACGUGUCAUUCCACCAGAGCAAGUCAAUGCAAGGGGUCCUUUAUUUUGAAAAAAUAAAUAAAUACUAUUUGCUAAAAUACUACGUAGGACCUACUACGUACAUCACUGAAGGGACAUCAUAUCUUCUUUCUUCAAGAUUCGGCAAAAAUCAAAUGGUUGCCAUGUCAUCCUCUAUAAUCCUGAAGCCAAAUAAGUAUGGUUACUGUGGUUUUAAUAUAUACUUUUGUCCGUGAGAUCAUCACUAGUGUACCUCUUCCCUACGCCUCAGAUCCAAGGGGCUGUAUGUCAGACCUGAACUAACUCCUUACUCCAUACAAACAAUGAAAAACAGUUGAAAACAUGUUUUUGUUUUCUGACCAACUCAUGAUGUAACUUGUGCAGCGUGUGUGUGCAGAAUUAGACCAUGUAUUGAACAACCCUAUGUUGACUUCACCGUUUCCUUGCACAACUGCUCUGACACUUUUGUUUUACAUUCACUCUCUCAAAUGUUUACAAUAGUCUUAACUUUCUAUUUAAGAAAUAUCAACACAGCAAGGAGCUCCUUUUAUGCCUGGUCACUUUAUUAAUCAACAAGGUCGGUUGUGUACUUUCUGAAGAACCAUUCUAUAUCCAGAAUUUGUCAGAUCUUUUAUUUAUGAUUAAGUAAAUCUUUAAAGCACUGGUAACAUAAAGAGUUGUAAUGUUAGUAGAUGUGCAGACUACAACAGACAUACAAUACAUUUCUCCUUGCAGCAUCUUUCAUACAGCAUACUCUCAGCAUUGUAUACUAAGCUUUUCAAGGAACAUGCAUGACAAACUACACUCACUGUUAUCCAUUGCUAUAUGUCAACCGUACACGUCUAAAUCCGCUUUUCCCCAGAUUUCAACAUUAGCGUAUUUCAUGAAAGGUGGAAAUAAUUGUGUAAGAGUACAAGUAAGAUGCCUAGGGUGGAGUUUGUGGGGGGCAAUUGAACUUCCUUCCUCCCUCCCUCCCUCCACCCUGUUUCUUGUCAUUGUUUUUGUUUAAUAUGCUGCUACUUGUCUGGAUUUGUAGAGAUUACUUGCGGAUCACUUAAAUCUUUUGACUGAGUUGAUCAAUGUUGUGUAUGUGUACCAGAGGUGAGUGAAUGAGAGAGCGAACGAGCGAGAAAGAGACCAGAAAAGACAGAAUAUUUAUAUUUUUCCUUAAGAUAAUAUUGCAAGUAUAAUUUAAAAUACUUUUUUCUUGUUUUGGGUUUUUCCCCAUUUUUCCUUUUUGGCUGAAUUUGUGACUCCCUUGUGUAUAAUGUGUACAGUAUGUUUUAGGUGCUGUUGACCUUGACAAACAUACAAUCAAAGGGAUAUAUUAUUAAAAAAGGAAAAAAAGACAA